GUUGUCUACUUAGUGCCAGCUGCCCUUACCCUGCCUGUUGCUGUUAACCCUUCGAUAACAGAUAAUGGUGUUUGGAAGAGCCUCUGCCACCUUCAUUCUGCUGGCUGUAUUGUUGGGACCAUUGCCUUGGCUUGCUCUUUGUUUGCAUACGCUAAAGGAAACAUUCUGCAUGAGGAGGAAGGCAGAGAGUUGUUUGGUCUCGUGAUUAUUACAAUAUGGAUGAGUCUUUGUCGCAGUUCAGCAAAGAGUCCACUGGGUGGAGUUCGCUUGAUUGCUGCGGUCCUGGUUGUCCUCUUCCCCUUUGUUUCAUGGCUAUACAUUUAUGCGAACAAAGAGAUGCGAGCAUCUUGGCCAAGGCACUGUAAAACGGUGAUUUAA